GUGGUGAAUUAUGAUUACAAGUCUCUAGAAUGUGUCGAGAAGCUGGUAAUCACGAUCAAUGGCCAAAGUCCAGGUCCUACAAUCAGAGCACAAUAGGGUGACACCAUUAUUGUGGAGGUUACAAACAAUCUGUUUACAGAGGGUGUUUCAAUCCACUGGCAUGGAAUCCGACAGAGGAACGCCAUGGUUUGAUGGAACAGUAGGGCUGACUCAAUGUCCCAUUUUACCUGGAUCUACUUUCAAAUAUGAGUUUGUUCUAGACAGAGCUGGAACAUACUUGUACCACUCACACUAUGGAAUGCAAAGAGUGGCUGGACUAUAUGGAUCGAUCCUUGUGUCUCUCCCAGACGGGAAAUUGGAACCCUUCACCUAUGAUUAUGACCAGAGUAUCCACUUGAACGAUUGGUACAACAAGAGCACCUAUGAGCAAGCCGUUGGAUUGUCUUCCAUUCCCUUUGGAUGGGUUGGGGAACCUCAGUCACUUCUGGUAAACGGAAAAGGAAGGUUCAACUGCUCUCAAUUUACCGCUCCAAGCGUAGACGUCGGCAUCUGCAAUACCACAAAUCCAGAAUGCUCUCCUUAUUCAUUGACAUUAGUCCCUGGAAAAACAUACCGCCUCAGGAUUUCCAGUUUGACAGCUCUAUCUUCCCUCAGUUUCCAAAUUGAGGGUCAUAAUAUGACUGUGGUGGAAGCAGACGGAUCCUAUGUCGAACCUUUCGUGGUACAAAACUUGUUCAUAUACUCCGGAGAGACAUAUUCUGUCCUGGUAAAGGCCGACCAAGAUCCUUCCAGAAAUUACUGGAUAACUGCCAACGUCGUUGCUCGAAGCCCUGCCACUCCACCCAUAUUAGCCAUUUUAAAUUACUAUCCUAACAGUCCAACGAAAUCCCCCCAGACAGUGCCACCAUCAGGCCCUGCCUGGGACGAUGUUGCCCGAAGAAAGGCGCAGAGCAAAGCCAUCAGAGCUCGCCAUGGCUACGUCCUUGGGUCAGGGACUGAGAGAAGUUGUUCUGGUGCCCAAGGUUACGACUUUGAUUUGGACAUGGACUCGUUCUACAUGGAACCGGUCGACUCGUUCUACAUGGAACCGGUCGACUCGUUCUACAUGCAGCCGGUCGACCCGUACGACAAUCUGCCUCUGCUUCAGGAGCUCAAAUAUUAUUUGCAGCAAAUGAAAGACGUUACAAUGAUACUACUUUUAAGCCUCUCGUUGCAAGUCUUCCUAGUACUUGUUGCCCCCUUGAGAAAAUCCACAGGCAAAAAAUGUCUGCUCUUGAUUAUAUGGUCUGCUUACAUGCUUGCCCAAUGGAUUGCUACUUUUGGUGUUGCCUUCAUCAUUCAAAACCUCGAUGACGAACUAGAGUAUGUCAGUAGUGCUGCGCUCUCAUGUUGGGCUUCCUUUCUCUUGCUACACCUUAGCUACACCAAUAACAUUACUGCUUUUGCUCUGGAAACUAAAGAGUGGCUAAGUCAUAUGUAUCGCCUCAUUUUCCAAUUUGUAGCCACUCUUUUUGUCUUGGUUCUGUUAUUUCCAAGUCCAUCACGUUCGUCGUUUUCAAGUAUACCAGCAAUUCUCGUAUUUAUUGCAGCAGUGAUCAAGAAUGCUGAGAGGACGUCUGCUCUAUAUCUUGCGAGUCAGGACAGGUUCAAGAAACCAAAGGAGGAAAAUCAACACCACACAACUGCUGAGAUUGCGAUGAAGAUAGGUGGAGUACUAGAUGACUUAGAAGUUAUUCAAUAUGCUUAUUACAGCUACAAAAUUUGUAGGGGACUCGUGUUCGAUCAAAUUUACAACUUCAGGGAGCAAACUCAAAUUCCAGAACUCUUCUCCUCAAUAGAAGCAGAAAACGCUUUAAGGUUAAUAGAGGUUGAGGUCAACUAUUUCUCUGAGAUUCUCCGAACAAAGUCUGAAUUCGUGCAUUCAGUGAUAGGAUAUGUUUGUCGAUUUCUGGCCUUUGGGUUAAUUGCAACUGCCUUGGUACGGUUCCAGUCAGAAUUGGAGCCGUCUGACUCUUCGAAACCCAAUCUUCAUAUUAUCACGACAAAUAGUUUAUUCAUCUGGGCCAUAUUCCAAGAAGUGAUGACUUUCAUCAUGGCGGUUUUGUCUGAUUGGACAUUUGCAGCUCUUAUUCCUGAUGCAAGGUUGCGUGAGAAGAACUCAUGUAUUUCCAAGGUAAAACGACUUGUGUAUUCAAUUCUCUGUUAUUUCCUUGUUCUGAAAAGGCCCUCGUGGUACCCCUGUGAAUGUGAAGUCAAGCAUGAGCAUGAAGUUCUAGCCACACCAAUUUUACUUCGCCGGUGGUCAGGCUCUAUCUCAACGUACAACUUGAUCGGAUAUUGCUUGAAAUGUUGUCCAACCAGAAUCCAUUACCACAAAAGAGAUUGCCUUAGCAUUCUGAUUAACAAAAUCAUUCAUUUGUCUGGUUUUGUUAUCAACGUUUUAUCCCCUGAAGCUGCAGCAGACCUCAUCAAAAAAGCUAGUAAAUAUCUGGGCAAACACAAGGCCUUUUCGUGGCCAGGCGUUAUCUUUGCCAGGGGAAUUUGCUUGGAUAAGCCUCCAGAAGCCUCCCAAAAGCCUCAUUUUGCUUUCUCAUGCCUUCCUCUUCCACCCACAUCAUUUUCUUUCUCCUUUCUCCACCAAGGUUAAGGUGCUUUUGUUAGGUAAGUAUAAGUUUUAGUUAUGAAUUUUUGGUUAGAGUUUUGGGUAGUUUAAAUUAGUGAGAUUUGAUUUUAAUCCUUUGAUUUACAAGAUUUUUGGGUAUUAAACUUUUAUUAGAAAUAUCCUUAAUAUUGGGAUUUAUAUGGCAAAGAUAGUGAGUUAGUCCUUUCUAUUGUUUGAUUUGGAUGUGAUUUUUGCUGCAGGAAUUAGAAGGAAAUUACGAAAUACUGUUCAUGAUUACUGUUUAUGAUUACUGUUCAUAAUUACUGUUUACGAUUACUGUUCACGCAUUAUGCUUUGAUCUCUUCCAAUAGGAAGUCAUAAUAUUAUUUUGGACAUAUUAUGAAUUUGUUUGACAUGCGUAUGUGUUUGUGGCUAUGGAGUAAGUGGACCUAAGCUUAAAGCUUGGGGUAUUCAGUGGACCCUUUGGGGUAUUUAGUGGACCCCUGCGCAGUAGGGUUAGUACCGUGAUUAGCUCCGGUACAAUGUUGCUAGCACACCUCAGUGGACUCCAUAGCAUUGUAUGAUUUUCGAUUUUAUGCAUUGCGCUUGUGACAUCAUAUUUGUGAGCAUAUGAUUUUAGUAUAUGAAUUCAAUUUAGACAUUUGUGCUUAUGAUUUGAGAAUUAUAAUAUUAUGUGAUUUAAUUCUGUUGUGUCUUAUGCUUUUUGUGUGGAUAGGUCUAAGGGUCUUAGAACCCAAGUUU